AUGUCCUCCCCAAACACAGCCACUCGCCCAAAAUCCCCCACCACCUCCUCGUCCUCCCACAAAUCCCGCCGUGGCCGCGGCGGCCCAGGUGGACCCGUACCAGUAACAAGGACCAGCCCCACUGCCAACGGCCUCAACAUCGACAUGUCCAACUUACGCAUCAACAACGACGUAGCCUCAGUAGCGGCCUACUCGUCAGCAGGCACGGGUGUGACCAACGCCAGCACCAACAACACGACGAGCAGCAGUCGGCGGAGGCGCAGGAGGAGGAACAACAACAACAACAACAAUAAAGGAGGAGCAGCGAACGCAAACGCAAUCGCGGCGGUGGAAGCAGGGGGGACAGGGUUCGGCAGGAUACCGCCUGUGCCGAGUAGGGGAGGAGGAAGAGCGGGCGGGCAGAAGCCGGCCAAGCUGCAGAUCGGGCUGGACCUGAACGUGGACCUGGAACUGAAGGCCAAGAUUGGGGGGGAUCUCACGCUGAGCCUCGUGUAA